UGACAAUACGUUGAGCAAGUCUUGUCCAAAUGGUUUCACCUAUCAUUACGUCAAUAGACCAGUUAAACAAGGGGGUGGGGUCGCCGUUAUUCAUUUGGAGAGAUUUUCAGCAUCGGAGCAACUUGACUUUGGUGAUUUUUCAACUUUUGAAUACUUAGCAUUGAUGAUCAAACAGCCUGAAGACCUACUUACUGUGACUGUCUAUCGUCCCGAAGGCAGUCGAUUAGACUUCUAUUCUCAGUUUAGAGAAAUGUUGUCCAGCAUAUGUCCCAAACAUGAUAAGAUCAUUAUAGUCGGGGAUUUUAAUUUCCCUAUACAAGUAGCACCAUUCCUGAAGCUUUUUGAUGAUCUAAAUUUUUUGCAGCAUGUGAAAGAAUCCACCCACAAACAAGGAAAUACUCUGGAUUUAGUUUUUACUAGGGGUAUUGAUGUAAGAAUUACAUCCAUUCACCCCGUCCCUCGUUGUGAUCAUAAGUGCAUCCAUUUUACCAAAAAUCAGAAUACCCUCCCUUUAACCUUAGUUCAACAAUUCAGCGAAAUGGACUUAAGGAAUAUUGAGAGGGAUGGAGAGAGAGAGAGAGCGAGAGAGCGAGAGCGAGAGCGAGAGCGAGAGAGAGAGAGCGAGAGCGAGAGCGAGAGCGAGAGAGAGAGAGAGAGAGAGAGAGCGAGAGCGAGAGCGCGAGAGAGAGAGAGAGAGAGAGAGAGCGAGAGCGAGAGCGAGAGCGAGAGCGAGAGAGAGGGAGACACACAUAGACAGUUCUUGUGAACGACACCUCAUGUCGCUAUUAUGAUUCUACUUACGUUAGGCAACUGGGGCCAGAUUUUGAUAACAGUUUCCCAGUUGGUGACGUAGUGACGCACAUGAACAUGGCGGAACAUGAAAGUUUUACUCAAUAUAAAUGAGUCAAACAUCAUAUAUCACAUAUUUUACUAUUGAUUGACAUUGUAACCAUCUGUUUGCAUCAACUUUGCUCAGUUUUAAACGUUGUGUACUGGUAAACCAGCUCUAGAUAAGGGCAAGUGUAUUCUUCCAUACAGUGGUAAUACAAUGUGCUUCUCAUAAAUUAAAGCAACAUACAUACAUACAUAACAUAACAUUAAACAACCUGUCAAAAAUAUAGCUUUUUACGUUUUGUACACAUCUUUUACCUUAACUUAGAAAAAAAUCUGGUUCCCAAGAACCAGUAUUUCAAGCAAAUUCUCAACAAAAUUAACCAGGGUAAAGCAUUAAAGUACAAUCAAACCAUCAAAAGAUUACAAGCAUUUUAUGUUUUAAAGUUGUAAAGUCUUUUCAAGCUGAAUCUUUUUUAAAUAUAUUUUAUAUACUUUGUGUAAAAUGCUUUAGACUAACUUCCUGACGAUGGCGAUGGAUCAGGCCAAUGUAGUUAGGAAACUGCUUGCUUUAACAACCCCGCCUCACCAAAAUGUAGCAUAACCAGAGCCCGUCUACGGAGAGACUUGACACUCUCUAUUGAGCCCCAUUGUAUCGAACUUCGUUGCAGUUCCAUUAUACUUCCACUGGGGGUGAUCGCAUGAGUGCAGAUUGAAUGGGGGUCUAUGGGGCUAGACGGCUAAAUGUAUCUCUUCCACCAGCUUGUCGUUGAAAUAUCGCAGAUUUUAUUAAAACAAUAAAAAGCUAUUGAUCUGGUUCUUUAUUCCCAUAAAUAUGCAGCAUGAUCAUACACACUGAGCAUGAAGAAUAACCUCUCAAACAUGAGGGGGUCAUUGCCUCGGGGGCACUCGGGGAGGCGACCAAUGCGACCUACGUCGCGACCAAUGCGACCUAGGUCGCGACGCACGUCGUUGGCCACUCAGAGAGCUCGGCCCUGCUCUCUAUUUAGUUCCUCACACAGGAAACUUAUCACACGGGAUGACACAACAUUAAAAGACGGCUACGCCUAAUGGCCAACUUCACCAUAAUGUGGGCUCUGAUAAGGAUGUUCCAAAACAAUCUAGGAGACCAAAGUUUAGUAUAAAAGAACCAACCAACCAGGUCAGUUGACCAUAAGAAGACCGAAACGAUCAACAAGACUGAGAAGACCAACAAAUAUUAAGAAUAGUUCACAAAUGAACAAUCGAGCAUGAGGAGGAGAGACCCUGCCCAACUCUGGAGCCCAAUGGACCCGAGGCAGCAGCUGACUCUGGGGACGUGGAACGUCAGGACACUCUGGGAAAAGGAACAGGAGCUUGUGAGGCCUGGUAACCCAACCCAAAAAUCGAUGACCGAUUUCGUGAUCGUAUCAUCCAAUCUGAGGCCACAUGUUUUGUACACUCGGGUGGAGAGUGAGGCGGAACUGAACACCGACCACCGUCUGGUGGUGAGUCGGAUCUGGCAAUGGGGGACUCAGUACGAACCUGCUAUCCCCAUACUCCCAUACUCAUCCAAGGCUUACAGUGCUGCCAUGCAGGCCACCAUGCAGGCUGCCUACCCCAACCCUGGCAGGAGAGUCCUAUCCCCUGGCAAGACAGCCCUAACCCUGGGCGUCGAGACGGCCGGAGGAGUCAUGACGCCCCUGAUCCAACGGAACACCAACGUCCCCACCAAACAGACCAUGGCCCUCAUCAUCUACAACAACAACCAGCACAGGGUCAUGAUCGAGGUCUUUGAAGGAGAGAGAGCCAUGACCAAGGACAACAACCUGCUGGGCAUGUUGGAGCUGUCGAGGAUCCCGCCCGCUUCGAGAGGGGUACCUCAGAUCGAGGUGACCUUCGACAUCGACGCAGACGGCACUCUGAACGUGUCUGCUGUGGACAAGAGCACGGGCGAACCAAUCACCAUCACCAAUAAGGGCCGCCUGAGAAAGGAAGACAUCGAGAAGAUGCUGGAGGAAGCAGACCAAUACAAAGUAGAAGACAAGCAACAGAGGAAGAUGAUGGCAGCCAAGAACGCCCUGGAGUCCUACGCCUUCAACAUGAAGAGCAGCCUGCGGGAGGACAACCUGAAGGACAGAGUGAGUGAGGAGGAGAGGGAGAAGGUGGAGGAGAAGUGUGAGCAGGCCAUCCUCUGGCUGGAGAACAACCAGCUAGCGGAGAAAGAGGAGUACCAACGCCAGCUGAAGGAGUUGGAGAAGCUGUAACCCAUCAUCUCCAGGCUGUACCAGGGGGGAGUGCCAGCAGGCAGCUGUGGAGAGCAGGCCAGAGCUGGCUCCCAGGGGCCCACCAUCGAGGAGGUGGACUGAAGCAGACUGUUGGACUGAAUGGAAUAUGAUCAAUAUGACUGUUAUGGUUUAAAAGGGUAUUUCAGGGUCCCCCUCCUCGUGGUUCUCUGUGUAGAGUGCGUACCAUGCCCGUGGUCCUUUGCUGCAGGUCUUCCCCUCUAUUUCUUUUACCUUUUUAUAUAUACCGGUACCAUACCUACCUGUCUAUCUCACUCUACAGUAAUAAGGAUAAAACCUUUUUUUCUUUCAAAUGCUGUAUAAUGACUGAGCACUCUGCCACACGUUCUCAUUUGAUAUAAAUACGUUCAUGCAAGGUCAAAAAAUGACUGCAUAAAGUUGGACUUUAAAAUGUAAAUAUUAUGAGACAUUUUCACGUUUUUCCCUUAUAAGCGUGAAUUUAUUCCACAUGGAAGAAACAAUAAAAUAGAGAUCCCCUUUGUUGUAGAAUGUUUAUUUCAUCUUUUAGCUGUUAAUACACAUACAAAUGCAUUGUUCUAUAAUUUAUAAUAACAGGGACAUAAUGGUAUAAUGUUUUAUCUCUUCAAGUAGUCUAGUCUAAUCGAGAAGUUUUUUAAUGAUUUUGAUUGUGCUAAAAUAAAAAUGGUAAAUGGACUGCAUUAAUGUAGCGCUUUUCUAACUAGUAGCCAGUCAAAGCGCUUUACAGUAUUGCCUAAAAUUCACCAAUCUCUGCACACAUUCACUCACCGACGGCGGUGUCAGCCAUGCAAGGCGACAGCCAGCUCGUCGGGAGCAGUAAGGGAGAGGGGUCUUGCUCAGGACCACCUCAACCCUCAGAGGAGCUAGGGGAUCGAACUAGCAACCUUCCGCUUACCAGCCAACCGGCUCCAACUCCUGAGGAUGCCGCAAAAUCAAUAUUUUUAUAAAAUAGGCCGGUGCAAGAGUAUAGGAUACCCAGACAAAAGUCAGGGUAUCCUUUACUCUCUCCUUGUUGGGCCCGUCCUACUUCACCCUGCACAUCACUGAAUUGAAAUAACUCAAUAACAGUGUUCUGUCCACUCUAACUGGCUGUGUCGCUGUGACGUCAACUAGCAUAUCUUGACUGGCUGGGUGGCACGUGUGGGAGAGGUUUUGGGAGGGUCAUAGAUAGUAAGAUACUGUCUGGCCAGCAUUGCAGCGGUCAGCAGGUCAUGUUAAGAUACAAGCUAGUUAAAAUGUUACAACCUUCCGGUUGCCAGCCAACCCACUCUACCUCCUGAUCAUGCUGCCCAUUUAAUAAACUUUAAUGUAAUGAAUCCCAGGUUGGAGGUUUGGGAUUAAAACAUCAUACACAAUGUAAUUAUGACAUGGGAUUGAAUUUUUAGAUUAAGGAUAUACACAUUCUUCUAUAGUUUAUCAUAUCAAUUCACCGGCCAGAGACGUUUGGUGUCCGAGAUAACCAACCUCUAGUAACUGCAGUCGCUGCGUCUCACUCGCAGGACAAUUUCAACCACAGCAAGUUGGAAACCCCCCUUAAGGGGGGUUUGUUUAUGUUAUUAUUAUUAUUAUUAAUAUUAUUAUUUAUUUUUACCGGAUUAUUUGGGACCAAAAGUUAUAAAGAUAGGUAGGCUGCCAUUACCAUUAGGAAGGUACAAUAUUCAUGAAACUUGUUAAACAUUAACCAUUUGUCAUGUUGAAUAUACAUUCUUUGUUGUAGAAUGUUUAUUUCAUCUUUUAGCUGUUAAUACACAUACAAAUGCAUUGUUCUAUAAUUUAUAAUAACAGGGACAUAAUGGUAUAAUGUUUUAUCUCUUCAAGUAGUCUAGUCUAAUCGAGAAGUUUUUUAAUGAUUUUGAUUGUGCUAAAAUAAAAAUGGUAAAUGGACUGCAUUAAUGUAGCGCUUUUCUAACUAGUAGCCAGUCAAAGCGCUUUACAGUAUUGCCUAAAAUUCACCAAUCUCUGCACACAUUCACUCACCGACGGCGGUGUCAGCCAUGCAAGGCGACAGCCAGCUCGUCGGGAGCAGUAAGGGAGAGGGGUCUUGCUCGGGACCACCUCAACCCUCAGAGGAGCUAGGGGAUCGAACUAGCAACCUUCCGCUUACCAGCCAACCGGCUCCAACUCCUGAGGAUGCCGCAAAAUCAAUAUUUUUAUAAAAUAGGCCGGUGCAAGAGUAUAGGAUACCCAGACAAAAGUCAGGGUAUCCUUUACUCUCUCCUUGUUGGGCCCGUCCUACUUCACCCUGCACAUCACUGAAUUGAAAUAACUCAAUAACAGUGUUCUGUCCACUCUAACUGGCUGUGUCGCUGUGACGUCAACUAGCAUAUCUUGACUGGCUGGGUGGCACGUGUGGGAGAGGUUUUGGGAGGGUCAUAGAUAGUAAGAUACUGUCUGGCCAGCAUUGCAGCGGUCAGCAGGUCAUGUUAAGAUACAAGCUAGUUAAAAUGUUACAACCUUCCGGUUGCCAGCCAACCCACUCUACCUCCUGAUCAUGCUGCCCAUUUAAUAAACUUUAAUGUAAUGAAUCCCAGGUUGGAGGUUUGGGAUUAAAACAUCAUACACAAUGUAAUUAUGACAUGGGAUUGAAUUUUUAGAUUAAGGAUAUACACAUUCUUCUAUAGUUUAUCAUAUCAAUUCACCGGCCAGAGACGUUUGGUGUCCGAGAUAACCAACCUCUGGUAACUGCAGUCGCUGCGUCUCACUCGCAGGACAAUUUCAACCACAGCAAGUUGGAAACCCCCCUUAAGGGGGGUUUGUUUGUGUUAUUAUUAUUAUUAUUAUUAUUUAUUUUUACCGGAUUAUUUGGGACCAAAAGUUAUAAAGAUAGGUAGGCUGCCAUUACCAUUAGGAAGGUACAAUAUUCAUGAAACUUGUUAAACAUUAACCAUUUGUCAUGUUGAAUAACUUUCAGGAAGUUUGUAUCAAACAAGUAGCCCUUCGUAUUACUUGGUAGUACCCUUCAAGUAAUUCUCUUGUUCAAAAAGGUUGGUGACCCCUGGUCUAGACCGACAACUGUGUCUCAUGCUGCCCAAUGUCCUUGUCUAUUUAGACGUAACACAAUUUGUGAUUAAACUGUCAAAUGGCGAAUGGUAAGACCAAGACAUAAUGAUUUAGGUAUCUGUUUCAGACCCUGAAAACUCAACUCAAGAUACAUGAUGUCUUGACAAAUAGAUGUAAUUCUAAGGUUCAUAUCAUCUGGAAUACCAACAUAACAGGCAGGUUUUGGUUCUUCAUUUGCAUCUAUUAUCCAGGAAAUUAGAUUUUGCUUCAAUCUCAUUUAUAUCAUAGGACGUUGGUGGCCACGGGAACGUCAUGCCGGGAGAAUCACAUCGAAGCAUCUUUAAUAUCAAUAUCACACUAUACAGUGUCCUUGUGUACUUAUUGAUACAUGGAUACAGCUGUUGUAGUUGGCGUGUUUUCUUGGCCUUCAGAAAAAGUGACUGUUUGGCUGCCGAGGUCUGGGGUACAGAGCAUGAGGGCCAGGAUGUCAGUGGAGGAGGAGCUGUGGUGGGGGUUGGGUUUGUUGAUGAUUACCAGGUUUGUUUCGGUGAGGAUGUUGUUGAGAACUCUGCCAGAGUGCUUGAUGCUGUUCUUGAUGAGAUGUGAUGUGUUGAAUAAAAAGGUUUUCAUUGAAGGAUGACAGUGUGAUAUUGUUACCUUGUGCUGUUUGUAGAAUUGAUCCUCUGUUUCCUGUCAUUCCUCUGAUAUCACAGUGUAACGAUUUGGUCUUUUUUUCUCCAUUAAAACAUUUAAAAGUUA